GGAUGUUGUGUGUGUGCUACUGCUGCCAUACUUAUGACUUCCUUCCCCUAACAUCCAUGAGCUAAACAACCCUGUACACACGGUUAUACUUUACGAAUACGAGUUUACAACAUUAGUGUAGCUUGUUCUACAUCCAUGGCGUGAUUCCGACUCCCGUACAGUUGCUGUUACUAUCCUGUAAACCUUUAAGUGACUACCUAGAAGUGUGUGGACUGAACAGAAUGCUAGAAUGUGUUAGCAAACCACCACAGGAAGUGAUCUCGUUAGCUUCGGCAGGUGUUGUUAUGAAGCUAUUUUUUUCGUCUUCAAACUAAUGCUCUUCUUUAAUAACAUCUUCAUAAUGGACACCGAGGGAAUAGUGAUCCGAAUAAAAACUCCUUUAGGCGACAUGGAUUCUUCCGUCGACUCUCCAUCGCUGCUAAACUUCAGUGAUUUACUGAUCGCUAUCAGAGAUGUUAUGCCUGAAGCCACCGUUACUGCUUUUGAAUAUGAAGAUGAAGUUGGUGACAGAAUUACUGUAAGAAGUGAUGAAGAGCUCAAAGCUAUGUUGUCAUAUUACUGCAGCACAAUGAAUGAACAGCGCAUGAAUGGCCAGCUGCCAGACCCUCUUCAGAUAUUUCCACGAGCCGGCAAGACUCCAGGGAUCCGGAACAUACAUGGCCUGAAGGUGAAUACAAGGCCUACCCCAGCCAAUGACUGCACACAUGGUGUCACAGACCCGAUAGCCAACAACAGCUUAAAGCAAUCAUCUGCUGAGCUGAAGCGGAUCUUAACAAAUGGACAGAUAAAUGCCCAAGAUAUUCAGUACCAGGAGCAACUUGGGCAAGGAAAUGGAGGAACAGUGUACAAAGCGUAUCAUCUUCUCGGCAAGAGGGUUUUGGCUGUCAAGGUAAUCCCUCUUGACAUUACUGUGGAGCUACAGAAGCAGAUCAUGUCAGAGUUAGAAAUUCUCUACAAGUGUGACUCACCAUACAUCAUCACUUUCUUCAGUGCUUUCUUUGUGGAGAACCGGAUAUCUAUAUGCACAGAAUUUAUGGAUGGUGGUUCACUUGAUGUGUACAAAAGAAUCCCUGAGCAUGUCCUGGGCAGGAUUGCUGUGGCAGUCGUGAAAGGCCUAACGUAUCUGUGGAGCCUGAAGAUACUUCACAGGGAUGUCAAGCCCUCCAAUAUACUGGUGAACACCCGAGGACAAGUGAAGCUCUGCGACUUUGGUGUCAGCACUCAGUUGGUGAAUUCAAUUGCCAAAACUUACGUGGGAACAAACGCAUAUAUGGCGCCAGAACGGAUAUCAGGGGAACAGUAUGGGAUCCAUGCAGAUGUCUGGAGUGUUGGAAUCUCUUUAAUGGAGCUGGCCCUAGGCAUGUUCCCCUAUCCACAGAUUCAGAAAAACCAGGGAUCUUUAAUGCCUCUUCAGUUACUACAAUGCAUCGUUGAUGAGCAGUGUCAUUGCAGCUUUAGUUCAUCAGGAAGUGACGGUGGGCGUCCCGAGCAGGAGAGCUAGGCUCAGUGCUAGCUGUGAGUUUCGAGAGAGUUGGGAAGGGUGUUUAUGUUGGCGUGGAUGUAAAGUCCUGCAGUGUUCUCCGCUGUUUAUAAAGCCAUUAAAGUGCAUCGGCGACGUGAGUCUCUCCUUCCCCACAACAAGCGGCAUUACAGUAUUAACCAGUGCACACCAGGAAAUAAACGGUGUCAUUUCUUACAGGCAUUGGCUGGACAGCUAUGUAGUGGGGCUUGUUUAACCUUUGCCUUGUGGGCAAGCAGGAAGGAGAGCCGAUGCUGAGAGAUGUGUGUGUGUGUUCUGAGCUGCUGUCUGGUGGCCGCGUUCAGUAAAUAAAGUUUGCAGAAGCAACAGGAGAAGUUUCCUUCUUUGCUUCGGAGCUGAAUAACACUGACAAGUUAACAGACUAGUAGCGAACGGAAAAGAAGACGGCUGUGUUUGUGUCGAAUACAGAAGAUGAGGACUUUGAUGGAUUUGUGGAUGAGGAUUGAUGAAAAAUAACGUGAGUACAUUCUAAAAUACUUCAAUUAAGUACAACCGAACUCAGUUUUGCUCCCGCUGCCGCAUGCAUGCUAGCGUAUGUUUUUUUUUUUUAUUGUAGCGUCGCUGGGAGCACGUCCUGUUCCCAGCCUAAUUUGUGGUAAUGUUUUGGUGCAAAUGCUCUUAAAGUUACAUGUUUGACCAGGAAAUAGCAAGCUCAAAAGAAGACGGCUUUUUUAUGUGGAACAACUGACAGUUUGUGUGGAUCUUGUGAAUGAUUGUGACUGAGCUAGGACUCAGUAAUUAAAGUCUACGCACUGAUUAAUUGAAAAACGAAACUUUUUCAUGCAUGAAGCUUCUACUUGAGUUGGUAAUUUGGCCGCUAUAUGCAGUCAGGUAUUGACCAGGGGAGACAAAAUGGGUGGCCGCUGGCCGCGUUGGACAGGUGACUGCUAUACACAGGGUCUAUAACGUGUAAAUUUGCUGCGGGGGAUUUUUCAGUGGCUGCUAUAGGCAGGUGGCCGUUCUAUAAAGGUGGCCGCUAAGACAGGUUUGACUGUAUUUUCAUUCAUGUAGCCAUUUUUAUGCUUGAAAAUGCUUAAUUUAGGCCAUGAGUACAUACAGUUUUCUUAAAUAUGCAUUUUUUAAACCAAAAAAUAGACGAUAUUCAACCAUGAAACAGCCAUCAGCCAUUUAUUAAUUAAUUAUUUUUUGAAAACUGCCAUUAGAGUGAGGGCACGAUAUUCCGACCGCAAUGUAGCAAGGACCGACUGUAUUGCGCAUUAGUCAGCUGCCAGCUAUGAAGCUAAUUAAUGUGAAGAAUCCAAAACUUUUUUUUUUUUUUUUACGAAAAACUGACCUAAUCUACUAGUUGAAGCAUUUUUUCUGCAUCAUAUCAUUAGUAUUUUGUUAAUAUUAAUAUUAUUAUUAUGUUUCUGUUCACAGCACUGCAGUUCAACCAGUUUACCAAAAACAAGAUUUCUGUCUUGCUUCGUCAAGGCAUGAAGAUUGAGCAAUUGCAUUUCAGACAUUUAUAAGUCAAAUUUGUCUCUCCUGCAGUUAUUAUGGGUUUAUUAUAAAAAAUGAUGAGGAAAGCUACGAAACUAUGAAAAUAUACCAUUUAUUAACAUUGAAUCCCAUAUCACGGAAAUUCAUUUAUGGCAGUUAACCGCUAUAAAUGUGGGACGACUAUGUAGUGUCCCGCUGGGAUCUUCUAUUGUUUUAAAAGUCGCUGAAAUGAGCAAGAUAGAGCUUCCUUUAAAAAAAUAGUUGUGUAUUUCGUGUUAAGUGUGACUCAGCUAUGGAACACUUUCAGCUGAUGCCUUGAAGUGGAGGUUCUCUGUAGUUGUUCCUACCAUCUGCCCACUGUCUCUUUUCAUUAAUGUCUCUCUCUACUGUUUGUUGAAUAGCAAGCAGCUCCACUGAUAAAGAACUCCCACUUUAUUUUCAAGCCUGUAAUUACUGAUCUAAUUUUGCCUAAUAAUUGCUUCAUGGCAAUGACAUGUAUAUUUACUCGUACCCUUGUACCCUUGCGGUGUGUGUUCUCGCAGUGGAACCAUGUUGACAAGCGGAGGAAUAAUUCACACAGAUGAGACACUUUCAUCAGCUUGCUUGUCUUUUGUAUCGUUGCCUGUUGCCACAUCAAAGCUGUAGCAGCGUCCCUCUCAGCUGGAAACAUGAAUACAUGCAUAAAAUGUGUGUGUUGGUGUUUGAAACUGCAGAAGGUGCAUGCGCCAGUCCAAAUGUGGAGAAAACAGAUGAUCUGUUAUAACUAAAAAAAAAACACACACACACACACAAUCAACUGUAUUGUGUGUGUGUGUGUGUGUGUGUGUGUGUGUGUGUGUGUUGCAUUUGAAAUUUGAAAUGCACUAUGAUGUAUCACUCAUCCAAGUGGUGACAGCACUGUGAAGUGCAUUGAGAUUAGACGGAAUCCAGUUGUUUGUUCAUUUAAAUAGAUUCAUGCAUCAUGGUUUGCAAGAGGCUGCCGAUCAGAACAUUAAGGAAUGGCGAACACUGCCCAGAGGUGUUUUUAAAAGCACAGCGGUGCGUUAAAUGUAGAGAGGUUUAAUUCCCUCCAAUGUGAAUGAACCCCUGCUUUUCUACCCCAGAGUUCUUAACAGUGGCGGGCCGUGCAUUUCUUACAUGGGCCGCAUGGUGGCCUAGUGGUUAGCAUGUUGGCCACACAGUCAGGAGGGUUUGAAUCUUCAUUGGGCAUCUCUGUGUGGAGAGUCUUCUUCUUGCGUGCCUGGAUUUUCUCCGGGUUCUCCUGUUUCCUCCCACAUUCCAAAAACAUGCAUGUUUGGUUAAUUUCCGACUCUAAAUUGUCAGGUGUGAAUGUGAAUGGUUGUUUGUCUAUAUGUGCCCUGCAAUUGGCUGGCGACCAGUCCAGGGUGUACCCCGCCUCUGCCAGUUUGCUGCUCAUUCCUCCCUGCACGUUGUGCGAACAACAGUGCCUGACCAGACUUGAAAACUGCUCAAGUGAAUGAAACUGAGCCCACUUAUCCACAUCUUCAACUCAGUUGUGGUGCCUUUGGAAUAACCACAAGCACAGUUUAGGCUGUCAGCAGCCCCACCACUGCAGCUGGAAUUGACCACAGCUGCCCCUGGUGGAAAGCAAGGGUAGAGGGGGGAUAGAUGGAAUAAUGAGGUGAGGGAUGAUCAUAGAGGGGCCGUCUGGCAGAGCUGUUCUACAUGACAUAACCCCAUUGGCAACAUUUAACACGUGCACGCAUACAGAAUUGGUAGUGUUAAUUUUGGUAACUGCAUUCAACGUAAUCUUUUGUGUGGGUUUUUGUCACCCAUAUUACAUUUUUGUUUUAUUUAAAUAUAAUAAUAUAAAUGUAUUAUAAUUUACACCAAAUCCGAAUUAGACAUAUUAGGCUUGAGUAUAUGCAUGAGAUACGCCUGUAUCACCUUCAUCUUAUAAAAAGUGGUGCUGAAGGCUCCAGAAUAUGUUUUAACUUGACAAGGCCUAGCACUAUUAACUUCUCAUGAGUGAUCAUGAAUGAACGGCAUUGUCUUUUUGGCAGCAAAAAAUUAUUUGUGUGACAACACUCAUAUCAGAGGAAUAGUCCAGGGAACGACAUCUAAGAUGCAACGUAUUGAAAACUGAAUUUGAAUUCAACAGGAUUAUCAAGAGUUUUAGACCAUCACCUUAAAAAGUCAGGAAGACAAGCAGGAACAAGCAUUCGUUCUCCAAUCCUAUUCCUUGCCUUGUCACCAUCUACUGGAUCAUGAGAAAGACUGCAUCAGAUGACCUGACUGUUCUCUCCGCAAAACAUAGCCACAUGCAGGAGAAGACUGAUAGACUAAACAAUUUGCCAACCAAACUGGUCUUACAGGGUCCUUUGCUUAAAUAUGUUAUAUAUUCUUUGUAAUUAUAUUCUACAUUGUUCGAUUUUUGAAAGCGAACGAUAAAUUUGCAAACAUUACAUUUAUAGUUCAUGGCGCCAGCCAUGAUGAACUGUCUUUCGCAGAUCAGCCUCAUUUCCAGAAGUGACGCCAUUGGGGUACUAUCAGUCAUGUAAACAAACAUGGUGGUUUAUGAGACACAGGAUGGUUACAGUGAUUAUAGGGACGAUUUGAGUGAUGUGUCAAUAGUUUUUGAGGAGGAAGAAACAUUUGGAGAUGAAAUAGACAACUUGCAGAACAUGGACUUAAGCCGUAAGACACAGAGACGAAGAUUGGUCACCUUCAAAACACAGAAUGGUACGUGUGAAUUACUCUGAAGUUGCUUAUCCUUCAAUUAUUAUUUUAAAUCGGCUUCUUAAUGAGAGUAAAGGGGUUUUUAUAGCCUGUUUUAUUGUACAUGUGGCCGCAUGUCGAGGAUGAAUGCCGCCGCCGCCGCCACCGCCACCGCCACCACAGUAAACAUAUCACUGUCAAAAUAUGUUUAUACAACAUGUCUAAUACUUUGCAGCCUUGUCGCUGUCAUGGAAUAGUGUUUUAAAGACAUUAUGUAAACAAGACAUGAUUUACUCUCUUGUGCCAACUUGGAUGUAGUGAUCAUUCUUCUUGCCUUGUUUUUCUCUUGUGUACCGGUGGAACAGCAUCUUUUUUCAAAAUGCGUUUAUACCACACUUUGAAGCCAAAUGCUUCUUGUAAAGGUAUUCUUUCGAAGCAGUUGUCAGUGAAAUCAUCACUGCAAAGAACAGAACUCGUGGUGAGUGUCCAUCUGUCUCUCGUUCUCUGCACUUGCUUCAUCCAUUGUUGUCUUAAACCUUCCUCUUUUGGAAAAGAAAAAAACUUACAGUAUCACGCAGAUACUGUGAACAUCCAGCAGACACUGUGAACAUCCAGCAGCAACACAAUAUUUUGGCAUGACGACUAUUUUGAUGAAAAAUAUACUGAACCAAGUCGACAAUCUAUUUCGAAAAGCGUUAUUUUACUCUACUGAGAGGUGUCACCCCAAUGACAUCACUUCUGAAAAUGACACUGAGCUGUGAGAACUAGUUCAUCAUGGCUGGUGCCAUCAACUGUAAAUGUAAUUUUUGCGAAUUUACUGUUCACUUUCAAAAAUUUAACAAUGUAGAACAUAAUUGCAAACAAUAUAUAACAUAUUGAAGCAAAGUUGAUGAAACAGGUCAGGGACCCUUUAACAUCAACAUUGCCAAAACUCAAGUGAAACCAACCCCAAUAAAUAUCAGUGGGAAACCACUUGAAAUCGUAGGUGAUUUUACCUACUUGGGCAACCUUGGGCAGGAAGGACAUCGGGGCACAAAAACAGAUCAAGACAAGACUUGGAAAGGCGCAAGGUACAUUUGCACAACUUUGCCCCAUUCGGAAAUCCAAAGUGGUACAGUCAGAAAUUUAAGAUUUGCCUUUAUAAAAGCAAUCUGUUCUGAUGUAUGUCUGAGAAUGCUGGCGAGUCACCGGCUCUACAAAAUGACAGGCUGCCAAAGUGUUGUUGAAGUUGAUCAAGUGCCAAAUCCGAUGGCUCGGUCAUGUGCUCAGAAUGGAUAGAGAUCAGCCUUGAGAUGGACACCACCUGGGAAAAGAAAGCCAGGAAGACCAAAAACUAUUUUGCACAGGACAGUGGAAACAGAUUUUGCCACACUGAAUCUUAGGUGGGACCAGGCGCAGUGCAUAGCCUAAGGACAAGAACAGAUGGAGAGAACUCACUGUGUGGCCUUAUGUCCCAACUGGGACCAAGAGGAUUAAGUAAGUCAGUAACCUUUAAAAGUCCAAAUCUGCAAUAAAAUCUGUCUUUCACGUAAUUUUCUGACAGACAUUUACACUGACUUGGCCACCUGAUGGCACAGGCAAAGAAGCUUUCUGUCCUUGAACUGUACAAAUAAGACUCCUUGCAACACGCCAUUACUGCUGAGGUUGGACUCAGUAAGGCUUAAUGAAAUGUUUGUUUGUUUUUCCCGGAGUGUAUAUGCAGUCAUGGAAAAAUGAUUAGACCACCCUGGUUUCUUGAGUUUCUUGUUCAUUUGAAUGCCUGAUACAACUAAAGGUACCUUUGUUUGGACAAAUAUAACAAUGACAGCAAAAAUAGCUCAUAAGAGUUCAUAUUUUUGGCAGUACAAUGCUGUAGCUAUUCAUGUAAGAGCUUUAAGUGAUUUUAGUUAUUAUAAAGAAAACCAUGGAAGUUGCUAGAUAUCAGCUCUUAAAUUAAACUCUUAUGAGCUAUAUUUGUUAUCAUCAUUAUAUUUGUCCAAACAAAUGUACCUUUAGUUGUACCAGGAAUUAAAAUGGAUCAAUAAACUGAAGAAACAAGGGUGGUCUUAUCAUUUUUUCCAUGACUGUAUUUGAGCCUGGAGGUAUGAUUAUGACCUGUCGUAAAUGAGAAAACAUUCACACUUGUUGUUUUUAAAUAUCACUGAGGAUGGACAAUGUUAUGUAAUAAUUGUGGAUGUUGUAUAAUUAUUCCAGUCUUGAAAAAGAAAGGUUCAAAUAUAUCAUGAAUCGCCCCCAAAUGAAUGCAAAACAGCCUCUCGUAAACUGCAAGAAGGAGUUAGUUAGAUAGUAUACAGAACUAAUAACUAAAUUAACACUUAAGUCACUCACACUGCACACAGAUCACAUGAGAUACAGAAAAACACUAAAGACGACAAAUGACACUGUAAUAAAAAAGAACAAAAAAACACUAUGCUGCUGGCUUUCAUAGCUGCUGAUGCUUGAACAUGCUCAAGCAUACUGUAGCAGUUAACCGCAAAACACGGUAACACGCCGCAAACCGAGGGCCACCUGUAUAUCCUUUUUGGUGGCCAAAGGACAGCAACUCCUUUCUCACACACACUGUAAACUCCCUCAUUGUGGGCUUUCACAUUGUUGAUCAUAAUUCUACUUUUCAUUUGAACCAAACUUGAGGCAAAGCACACAUAAAAGUGUAUAACAUG